AUGGCUGAGGCAAAGACCAUGCGAGCAAUCGCCGUGAAAGGAGGCACCGGCCCAGCCGAAGCCCUCUACGUCGACACCAUCCCGGUGCCCACCAUCAGCGGGAACCAGGCUCUCGUCAAGAUCAAAGCCUUCGGACUCAACCGGAUGGACCUGCUGGAACGGGAGGGCAAGUACCCAGUUCCUCCACAGGCGCCCAAGACCAUGGGCGUGGAGUUCUCGGGGACCAUCGCCGCCCUGGGGCCCGAUAGCUGCGCCGAUUUCAAGGUCGGAGACGAGGUCUUCGGUCUCGCGUACGGCGGAGCAUACGCCGAGUUCAUCGCCGUUUCGACCAACAUGCUGAUCCACAAGCCGGCCGAGCUGUCCUGGGAGGAAGCCGCCGGCAUUCCCGAGACAUGGAUCACAGCCACGCAGGCGCUGUACGUAGUCGGGGAGUUCAAAGCUGGGCAGUCAGUCAUGUGGCACGCGGGCGCCUCGUCCGUGUCGAUCGCGGGUAUCCAGCUGGCGAAGGCGGACGGCGCAAAGGCCAUCUACGUGACCGCGGGUUCGGAUGAGAAGGUCGACUUCUGUGUCAACAAGCUCGGCGCGACGGCCGGGUUCAACUACCGCACGCAGGACUGGUCUGCCGAGGUGCUCAAGGCGACCGGCGGCGAGGGCGUGAAUGUCAUCAUCGACUUCAUCGGCGCCGGAUAUUUCGCCGGCAACUUGAACGCUGCGGCUCGCGACGGCCAUAUUGUGAACCUGGCCUUCCUUGGAGGCACGAAAUUGCCCGAGGGUGUCGACAUCUCCGCGUUCCUGCGGAAGAGAGUCCGCUACGAGGGCAGCACGCUGCGCAGCCGCGACGAGAUGUACCAGAAGAAGCUGCGGGAUAUGCUUGUCGAGCAUGCGCUUCCGCGGUUCAAGACGGGAGAGUUCAAGGUCUUCGUGGAGAAGGUGUUCCCCUUCGAACAGGUGGUGGAUGCGCAUAAGUUGAUGGAGAGCAACCAGACCAAGGGCAAGAUCAUCUGUACCAUUUAG